AUGCUUACCGUAUACGCGUGUGAAGAUGUCCACCAAUGGCUCUACAACAGGCUCAAUAGGUUAUUCACUAUGCCACCCUGGAGCCAACCAUCAGACCAUCCUCUGAAGGCCCUAACGGCAAUAUUCUUCUGCUGGAAAGUAUUACUCUUAAUUGUUGCAUCAAGCAGUCCGGGUCCAGGGUACGACACGUCCACCAAUAUUAGCAUAAACGCACAAGAGAAUAAGCUUCCUUUGCCCUUCCGGCACAUUGUAGAAAAGUUAUUACGCUGGGAUGCGGUCUAUUAUUCUGUCAUCUCCAGUCGUGGCUAUCUUUUCGAGCAAGAAUGGGCAUUUGGUUGGGGCUGGACUAGACUAAUAGCUCUCUGGACUGCAGGACUUCAAAGUUUUGGAUUUCCAAACUACGACGGAAUAGAAAGUUUGGUGGCCAUUGUUUUGGCUCAUGCAUCCCAUUAUUUAUCAGUAAUAGAACUCUUCUAUCUCACGUUGAUAAUCUUCCCCAAAGAAAGUUUAACAUUUGCUAUUACGUCAGCCACAUUAUACAUCUUUUCACCUGCUGGUAUCUUUCUAUCAGCACCAUACGCUGAAAGCUCAUGCGCAUUGCUAAGCUUUGCUGGGAGUAUAGUCUUCCUCAAAUCAUUCCGUCGGACCAAAAACACUCGGUCAGAUGCAUACCUUCUCCUGUCUGGCUUACUCUUUGGAAUAUCAACCACAUUUCGCAGUAACGGAAUCCUAAAUGGCUUGCUCUUGUUAGAAGAGGCUUUCCGGUCUCUUUGGAAUUUCCGCAACGGAUUUGAACUUUUCAAAAUCCGGCGCCUCUUUGCUACAAUAUUGGGCGGCUUUUUUGUGGCGGCUGGGUUCCUCCUACCUCAAUAUCUUGCAUAUCGUGAGUACUGCAUAAAGAAUAUUCCAGUCCAGAGACCGUGGUGUACUCAGGCUAUUCCUAGUAUCUAUACCUUUGUUCAGAGCCAUUAUUGGGAUGUCGGACUUUUUCGCUACUGGAAAUUUUCAAACCUGCCACUUUUUAUUCUUGCAACACCUAUUCUGAUCCUGAUGAUCGUUUCUGGGACGUGGGCUGCUGCUCCUCUCCCUAGCAUGAUUAAAAAUCAGAGAGGAUACUGCAAAAUAGACGGGGCAAGCCAGACUCUACGGAAUCUAGCUUUCUCGCAAAUACUACUGGCUUUUUUGACCCUUACUACUGCUCAUGUACAGAUUAUAAACAGAAUAUCAUCUUCGCAUCCAGUUUGGAUAUGGUUUACCGCAGCAUGUUUGCAAGACGGAAAGGGAAAAUUACAUAAGUAUAUAAUACGUUUUAUCGUCAUAUACGGGCUGGUCCAGGCUGGCCUGUACAGUUCAUUCCUACCUCCAGCAUAG